CUAAGCUACUUAAAAGACUGCUCUGCUCAUUCAACAAAAAUUAAAAAUUUUAAUUUAAUUUAAUUCUAACAUUCGAUUUGUGAAUGCAAUCUCUCCUUUAACAUGAUCCGGGCUAAAUUUGCCCUGGUUUUUAGGCUGUGGGUAUAAUUUCUCUAAUGUGAAUGGGUUGUUUUCACUGACGUCAUUUUUUUUUUUUGGCUGUCACACGAACACACUACCGUGUGCCGCCAUUUUGUGGUGAUUGACAUAAUUGACCUACGGGACGUUGAGGUUACGAGGUUCCGCACGGACGUGAAAGGUUUGGUCCUGUGUUCAACACUCCACCUCCGACUCCUUUUCUUUGGUGCUACAAUGGUGACCUCGACGUCAGUCCCGGUGUUUCCGAGAUUGAACUGAACAUGGCAACCAUCAUCCUCAAAUUGCCGGAGUUUUGGGAGACGUCCGUGGCAGCGUGGUUCACGCCGAUGGAGGCUCAAUUAGUCCUCCACGGGAUCUCGGAUGCUACCGCGCGCUUUUACCAUGUUGUCUCACCCCUCGGGAGCUCAACGGCGGCCAGAGCAGUGAGUUUCAUCACAUCUACCCUGGCCCGAGAUAAAUAUGCUGGACUCAAGGCUCACCUCCUCAAGGUUUUUGAGCUUUCAUGGCCAGAGCAAGCCCGACGUCUUUUGGCUAUUAUUGGACUGGGGGACAGCAAACCUUCUGAACACACGGAAAUGAUGCUAAACCUGCUGGGCGCGGAGGAGCCCAACUUCCUAUUCAUGGAACUGUUUCUCAGACACAUGCCCCCGCAUGUUCAGACAGCGUUCGCUAACACUUCUGUCACUGACCCCCGUGCCCUGGCUGAGGUGCUGACCCCGACGCGCAGUUACUCGCCCCCGGGCACAGGGGUGCCAUCCACCAGGGGCCCCAUCGCCACCGACGGCCACACUGGCACAGGCUUGUGCUACUUCCACGCCCGUUUUGGCGCAAAAACGAAGAGGUGCCGUGCCGCUUGCAACCACGACGCAGCGGGGAAACGCUGAGGCCCACACUCCGUAGCGGCCAUGAGCGUGGGCGAGAAGAACCAGCUGCUCUUCGUCAUGGACACCCUUGGAAGACCUUGAGUUCACGGCACAUGAGGACCACGAACCCCUCACUUUUGCCAUGUCCAAGGUGGUUGAGCCGUGGUCCGCCUGCCAGCAGCGCCAACUUCUCAUCUCAGAGUACACUACAGACAUCCAACACAUCGCCUGCAAAUCCAAUGUGGUCACGGACUGCCUCUCCAGGGCACUCGUCUGCACUGUUCAUCUGGGUCUUGACUACUCCGUAUGAGCGCGGUCCAGGCCUUGGACCACUGAGGUGCAGACCUGGGUCGACUCAUGCGUGGCCUGUCAGCGUGCUAAGGUUCAUCGCCACGCAAAAGCCCCCUUGGAGUCCUUCACUGUCCCCGAGAGGAGGUUCAACCAUGUCAACGUCGACUUGGUGGGUCCGCUUCCUCCCUCACACGGUUUCACCUACUUGCUCACCAUGGUGGACAGGACGACCCGCUGGGCUGAAGCCGUUCCCCUCUCCUCGAUCACAUCGUCGGACGUGGCCCGGGCGUUCAUCGGCACGUGGGUUGCGUGCUUCGGGACCCCGUCCGACCUUUCCUCCGACCGUGGCCCUAAGUUUUCCUCCAAACUCUGGAACGCAGUCGCUGAGAGUGUGGGAGUCAAGCUGCACUGCACUACCGCCUAUCACCCCAGGCGAACGGUCUCUGCGAGCGGUUCCACCGCUCCAUGAAAGCAUCCCUGCACGCCAGCUUGACGGACGGCAACUGGUUGGAUAAGCUUCCGUGGGUCUUGCUCGGCCUCAGGUGCGCCCCCAAGGAAGGACUGAUGUCCUCGUCCUUUGUAGUUGGCCCAUCCCAAGCGCCGGGGGCGGCACCCUUUUCCCCGCCUCCCUGCACCUUCUGGGGUGCCCUUGACCCUGUCAGGGCCCUGGCCUCUUGACUCAAUGGACUGCGCUACCGUGCCACAUAUAGACAAAUAACUCACCUCAAAAUAAUUUUGGUCAAUAAUUGAAUCUGAGAUUUAGUUGUCGACAGGCAGAUUCAAGUAAAGAUGGGCAGUACAUUAUCUAUUGCAUACAAGGUGGAAAAUGGUACACCUCAGGGGAGUGCUAUCAGUCCAUUUAUGUUUUCUGUUAUGAUUAAUGACAUUUUUACAGAAAAAUUUACAGAUAUUGCGAAUGAUGGAGCGGAAUGGAAGGAAGUCUGUAAUAUCCAGUUUAUCCAAGAUCAGACACAGAAAGCAAUUGUUGAUCCUUGAGAAAGGAUCAUUAAGACGGAGACUUAAGUUUUCUGUUGAAAAGACAAAGGUAGUGUUGUUUAAUAGGAAACUGAUAAAAGAUGUCGAUGUAAGGAAAACAAUUAGAAUACAGUUUUUGUUGUUUUUAGGUGUUGUAAUUGACUCAAAGAUGACAUGGCGUGAGCAUAUUAAUAACCUUUGUUAUUUUUUAACCUUUGUUUAUUAUCAUAUAUUAAAUAUUUCACGGUAUCGUACAAAACUUUGGGUGCUGUGCUAUAAGACAUAUGUUACUUUCGUCUCAACGCAACGCUUUGUUUGAUCAGCAAUAUGGUGACGUAAAAAAGAAUCAUGUGAUUUUAUGAUGUAGUUGCACAAGCUCUAUUGGACAAUGGAAGCCUGGCGUAUAGAAGAAUAGCAAAAACAUUGAAAAACUAGAAGUCAAACAGAUACUUAGAACAACACAUGCAUUGUUUUGAUUGAUAAAAAAAUAUUGGGAAUGUGAGAACUGCAUUUUCAUGUUUCAUUCCACAUCAAGUUAUAAACAUCCAGGAACGAAGAUCAGACCACUUAGCAGCUUAUAUUGUGGAAUCGAUUGCAAUCAUGAUGGCCUUAUAGUCGACUGAAAAAAACAGGGUUGCAGUCUAAAUUUCAUUAUCAGCAUUAUUGUCCUGAAAGAACAUGGUACUGUAUCACAAAGUAGGUCAAAUGUGUUUUUCGAAAUUGUUGAGAUAUUUUUUAGAUAAGAUAUAUUACAGAUGAGCUUUAUAAGAUGGGUUCUACCACAUAGAGGAAUAAAGUAGAAUGCGAAAGCUGAUUAUUUUGCCCAACAAGCACUUAAAUGAGAAGAAUGGUGGGGAGUAUCCUUUGGAAUGAUGCUUAAUAUUAUUUCUAAAGUACAGUGUAUUUGAUUUUUGUGUGACAUAUAUUAUACACACAGUUUAUUGUCAACUUCUUGCUUUCCAAAUCCAAAAUGAGGCCAGAUAUCCACAUUCAAUCUUCCUGGAGUGUUUUUUUUGUUCUUUCUUGUGGUUAGUGUCAUGGUCCUGCUGGUCCCGGUCCUGGCUGUGCCGGUCCCUGACACAGCACACACCUGCAGCAAAUCAGUGAGCCACACACCUGCGCCUCGUUCCCCGUAAUUAGGACAGAUACAAAUAGGACUCCUUGUACGGUCUGGCCUUUGCCAGAUCGUUGCCUCAUACCUCAUUCCCGCACUCUUGUGAUUCCGUUCCUGAGCUCCCGUGUACACACCCCUGUUUGCCCACUGACCUGCCUCUUACACCUGAUGUCUUUGUGACUGCUGCUCCCGUUGACCGCCUGCCUGAUCCCCGACGCUGGACUGAAUAAAUACGUUUCCCGAACUGCUUCUACGUCUCCCGAAUCAUGCAUUUUUGUCCAACCCCGUUGUUUUAUUGAAAGGAUCGGUGCUGGUCGGC